GUGGAACCUUUGACAGCAACUACACGGGAGGGAGAAGGCUUGAAGAAAGCCCCAAGCAAGCUGAAGAAGACACCACCCUGCCCUCUCAUCUCUUCUUGCUUGUCUCUUUCAUGUAUAUAUAACCUAAAAGAGGAGCAGUGAGGGUGUCUAGAAAGGAAGGGUGGGUUUGGGAGAUGCAGCAGCACCUCAUGCAGAUGCAGCAGCCCAUGAUGGCAGCCUAUGCUUCCCCAAAUCAAGUCACCACUGAUAUCAUUCAGCAGUAUUUGGAUGAGAAUAAGCAGUUGAUUUUGGCUAUUCUGGACAAUCAAAAUGCAGGCAAAGCUGACGAAUGUGCUGAGAAUCAAGCUAAGCUUCAAAGAAAUCUCAUGUAUCUUGCUGCCAUUGCAGACAGCCAACAACAAGUUCCUACCCUUGCUCAAUUUCCUCCCAAUACUGUUAUGCAAUCAGGCCCUCGUUAUGUUCAAUACCAGCAAGCCCAGCAGAUGACUCCUCCUCAGUCGCUUCUGGCGGCUCGAUCCUCCAUGCUGUACGCACAGUCACCAAUGUCCUCUCUGCAGCACCAAGCAGCACUGCACAGUCAGCUCGGAGUGAGCUCCGGAGGGAACACCGGCUUCAACAUGCUUCAUGGCGAGGCCAGCAUCGGAGGCAAUACGGCACUAGCAGCUGGAGUAUACUCCGACUUCGGUGGCCGCAGUACCAAUUCAGCGAAGCAGGAAGCAGGGAAUGCAGUGUCCACCGAAGCCCGUGGAGGCAACUCAGGACGGCAAAAUGGAGAUGGCACGGAGCCUCCUUACUUGAAGGGCUCAUCAGAGGAGGAAGGGAACUAGGAAUCAGCUUGUGCCGAUGUCAGUCAGCAUCUUAAACUAGGUAGAAGGUUGAAGAUGACUGAAAACUUUCAUGUUGGAACUCUUUUUUUUUUUUUAUCGUGUGGAUGAUUGUACCAGCCGGCAUUGACUAUGAUGAGGUGUAGUAUAUUGUAUCAGAUCUUCCUGUUAGUCUCGUUAGACAUAUAAUUAGUAUGGUAUGGAAGCUUUGUAGAUGUAUGGUUGAAUAGUUUGUAUUGAUUCUA